UGUCAGAAUCGGCGCAAAGUAAACUUAUCGCAGUUUUUGUUUUGGUCUUGCUAUUUCUGCCCAUAAAUCGAUAGUUACCGCACGAUCCAUCACUACCCGUUAAUAGUUAUGUAUCGUUAUCCUCUUGUAAAACCUACUAUCUGAUGGUGAAAUAAUGGAAUCUGACGAGGAUGACGAUAGUUUUGGUUCGGAUUGGGAUAAACUAGAAACGAUAACCGAAUUCGAUAUAGCUCGACCAAAAAGCAACUUAUUCUCAGCGUGCGCCUCAACGGAAUUAAUUGGCAAUGGUCUGCAAAGCCGCAUCGCGGCUAAAGCCAGCACGCCAGUUUCACUGCUGGUGGAGAGUUUGGUUCAGCAGCUGUGCGCACUGCUGGAGGCGGACCCCCAGCGAUCACAGGAACUGUACAAAACAAUCUGCGAACGGCUUCAUGCCGUCAAUUUGAUCGAUGAGACUUACGAUAUGGGCGAAUUCGAAAUGAUGCGCAGUCAGUACCAGAAGGCUCUCUAUCAGCUGGUUAGCAUCGCACGUGGACAAGAUCUGCCGGUGCUGGCAUUGGAUAAAAUUUGGCCACUGCAGCAACCGGUAGGUUUGGAGUGGUCGCGGUAUCAUCGGGAAUUCACCGAGCUUGAUUUCAUUGCCGGCGGUGGAUUUGGGAAAGUCUACCGGGCACGGAACAAUCUGGACGGGAUUGUGUAUGCGGUUAAGAAGAUUACCAUCCGGUCGACGACUAUCAAAAAUGUGUUGGUACAUUUGGCUGAGGUGAAGACACUCGCUAGUCUCAACCAUAUCAAUAUUGUUCCUUACAAAGCGGCCUGGUUGGAACCACUUUUGGCAAACGGGAAAGAAUCCGGGGAUAAAAAUGUGAAUAACUCAAUGACAACAUUGGAUGACGAUAGUGAGGAAGAAGAGGAGGAAAGUUCCAUGGCCAAUUCUAUUAGUUUGACAUCUAGAAGAUUUCAGUCCAAAUCCCGUCGCACGAAAGCUUCUUACGAAGACUCGCUGAGGCGCGCUGAUGAUACGGAUGAUGGUUUCAGUAUUCAAUUCGAACACAGCGAAGGUUCCGAUGCCAGAGCGGAAGAAAAUAACCAACAAUUGGCGGAAUUGGAAGAAGCGCGUGGAAGUGUCAUCAGUGUGGAAGAAUCACAGCCUCAUGUUAAACUAAAAUGGGCCACGCUUUACAUACAGAUGACCCUCUGCCACUUGACGCUCCGUCAGUGGUUAGAUGAGCGCAAUCGGUCCGAAUGUUUCGAACAGUUUUACGGUAAUUUUCUACAAAGCCCCCGGGUUGAGUGCACCAUUCCGAUGAAUUCGUUCUGUCGGCAGUCUUCUCAGUUAAGCUCUGAGAGCUGUUCCAGUGAACCCCUUAUGGCAAAUACCAAAAACUCAGUUCCUGGUUCUGUGCAGAGUGAGAAACAAUCGAACAAUACUUUCCAGCAUUUGGAUGUGGUUACGGAUAUCCUCCACCAGCUGCUGAAUGGCCUCACGUACAUCCAUUCCAGGGGUAUUGUCCACCACGACAUCAAACCGAGCAAUAUUUUUGUCAGUGUAAACGAUCACGACAGAUCGUUGUCCAUCCAGCUGGGCGAUUUCGGUCUUGCCUGUCCACUGCAGAGCUCCCACACGGGAGGUGGUUUCGGAACGCCUCUCUACGCGGCUCCCGAACAGUUGGAGGGAAAGUGUGACCCCAAGUCCGAUAUUUACAGUAUGGGAAUUAUUCUGUUGGAACUGUUGCUCGCUUUUGACACCGACAUGGAGCGAGCGGAGAUGAUAAAGCAAGUGCGGAAGGGACAGUUUCCGAAGGAUCUCGAUGUUGAAUACAGCAUGUUACUUAAGGAUCUACUUAACGUUAGACCGGUCAAGCGGCCAACAACUUUUGCCCUAACCGAAGCCGUCAACUGUAUGAAGCUCAAUCGGGACAAAGUGAUCUCGGGGCUGCGCCAAAGCAUCACGCGACAGGAGGAAGAAAUCCAAAGUUUGCGAAAGAAAAUUGCCGAAACGGAUCAGCCACUGGAGGAGCUGAAUCGGUUGGAAAUUCGGACCAGUGAAACACUGAUCGUGAAGGAGCAGGAACUGAUUAUCAAGACUAUAGAGAUCGAAAGCAAAAACCAGCUGCUUCGGUGCAAAGAAAUUGAGUUGCGCUCAAAGGAUGAAGAGAUCCAACGACUGAAACAAUUGCUGAGAAGUUAUCAGGAGAAAGAAGAAGAAAGAAAGGAUCAGUGAAUGCCUGCCUAUUUAAGGUUUAGUGAUUUCUCGAUUGACAUUUUCCGAAUCAUUUUGUGUAUUUAUUACAGUAAGCUUUUAGGAUAUGGUUAGCAAUAAAUAGAACAAACGCAAAAAUUUGCUGGAUAACAAUAAAAGAAGAAAAAUAU